GCCAUAUGUGCGAAGAAGUAUCUUCAAGAGAAUGUCAAGAGUCUCUCUUAUCAUUCUCUUAGGUCUUCUAAUUAUAAGCCAUUCAGGAAAUAGCCAUUCAUUCAGAGAGAAAUCCAAACUUGUAUCUGAUGGCAUAGACAAAACAAGCCAGAAUUCUGCAGUCCUUGAAAGCGAUGUCACAGCAACAACAGUGACAUGCGAGCCCAUCUAUGGAUUCUUGCCUUGCGCAACAUCGGUUUGGGGUCAGCUCUUCAUGAUCAUUAUAUACGAGUUAUUGCUGUCCCUUGCAGGGAAUUAUGUUUCCAGUGGCUCUGAACUUUUCUUCCAACUGUUUGGAACUGGAAUCUUUGGUGCUAGCCUGUUCCAAAUUCUUGGCACAAUCCCCCAAGUGGGUUUGGUGCUCGCCAUUGGAGUGACAGGAAGUACAAGUACAAUUGAAACGAUAGCAACAAUGGGAAUGAGCUUACUAGCAGGAUCAACUAUCAUGCUUCUUACUUUGAUCUGGGCCUCUGUUUUUGCUUUCGGCAGCUAUGAUCUUUCACAGCCUUCAACUAAUUCAUCGGAUGAGGAAAACGUGAAACCAUUCAGUUUAACUGGUUUUCUCUUACCCUUGCGUCUUUGA